UUUUUUUUUUUUUAAUACAUACACUUUGGAAUAAUGUCGAAUGAAGGACAAAAGACUUCAGCUAUACGGUCUGGUCAUGAAAUAGAUAUUGCUACCUUGGAAACUUUUCUCGUCGAACGAAUCCCCAACUUCAGUCGACCAUUACAUGUUUCUCAAUUUGCCUUUGGUCAAAGCAACCCUACUUAUUUGUUAAAAGACGGAAAUCAACAACAAUAUGUACUUCGCAAGAAACCUCCUGGUGCUCUUUUAUCCAAGACAGCUCAUGCUAUUGAACGUGAAUAUCGUAUCAUUAAUGCUCUUGGUCAACAUUCUGAUGUUCCUGUUCCAAAGGUUUAUGCUCUUUGUGAAGAUGCUAGUGUGAUUGGAACACCCUUCUAUGUUAUGGAGUUCUUAAAGGGCCGUAUCUUUGAAGAUGUUCGUAUGCUGUCCUUACCUUAUGAAGAUCGCAGGCAGUGCUGGUAUUCUGCAUUGGAAACUUUGGCUAAAUUACAUCGCGUUGACUUCAAAGCAAUUGGGUUAGAAACUUAUGGUCGUAAUUCUGGUUUUUAUGAACGCCAAAUGAAAUCACUUCACAAGGUUUCUUCUGCACAAGCUGCUGUAGUGGAUAAAGAUACAGGUAUCAAGGUCCAUGAUCUUCCUCGACUGGAUGAAAUGUUCGCAUGGUUCAAGAAAAAUCAACCCAAGGAUAUUGCCACUAUUGUUCAUGGUGAUUUCAAGAUUGAUAAUCUUGUCUAUCAUCCUAUUGAAAAUCGUGUGAUUGGUGUUUUGGAUUGGGAAUUAUCAACUAUCGGUCAUCCAUUAUCUGAUUUAGCAAAUCUGCUUCAACCUUUCUAUAUUCCUGCUUCUGAUUCUGGAUUCAAGGAUAUGAAAGGACCUCUUCCUAUACCAGAUUCCCAAGAACUGAUGCAAGUGUAUUGUCGUUAUAGUCAACAACCUUUCCCCAUUCCUCAGUGGAUGUUUGCUGUAGCUUUUUCUCAUUUCAGGUUGGCUGUCAUUACUCAAGGAAUUGCUGCUCGUGUCGCUCGUAAACAAGCUUCUUCUGCUCGUGCCAUUGAAGUUGCAGGCAAGUCUAUACCUAUGGCAAAUCUCACCCUGGAAAUCGUGGAUCAAGGUGAUUUAGUUAAUGAUAAUAGUAGCAAACUUUAGAUGAUUUAUUUCUACUACCCCUUACCAUUUGUCGUUGUUUUUUUAUAUUAUUUCCCUAUAUUUUAUCACCCAGUUUUAUGAUCUCGAAUUAAACUAUUUUUAUAAUGUUGACCAUGCUUAAAUGGACUUUAUUUGACGUUGAC